UCGCUGUGCAGCAUCAGGCGAGAAUCACUCAAAGGCUUUCACUCGCCGCUUUCCUUCAUCCGCGUAUCCCUCCCUUUCGCCUCAUUUCUUACUCGCGCCAACAUGCUUCCAUUCGCCAUAGGCAAUGACAUCUGCCAUAUUCCAAGAAUCUACAAGAUUCUCAGCGCCAGGCACGGGUCCAGGUUCGUUCACAAAAUCCUUACACAGCAGGAGACGCAGCAGCCCAGAGCCCGGAGUGUGCUACAAUGCAUUCUGGCUCCCAACCAGGAUCCCAUUGACCCAGUCACUGUUGGCUCUGUGCGUAACGAAAAGCUGCGUCGAGCAGCCGAGUACAUGGCUGGCAGGUUCGCAGCGAAAGAGGCAGCUAUUAAAGCCCAUCCUCAGCAUAGCCUCACCUAUCAUCAGAUCGAGAUACAAAGGAUGAAGGCUCAUGUCAUGGUGGCCUCACAGGCACAUAAGACUACCGGUAGCCCAUCCGAGCAUGACCCCGUAUCCAGUGGGCCACCCAUCGCCAUCAUCCACCCUGGAGAUGGCCAGCCAUCAACCUCAGCCUCCGUCAGCAUAAGUCAUGACGGCGAUUAUGCUACCGCUGUAUGUCUCGGGUUCCCCACGAGCUCGAACAACCCGUAAGAUUCAUUGCACCCAACCGCUGUGAACACCUUGAUCCCACCCGCAGCCGGUGAAGGUCAGCCGCUGCAUCUGCCGAGUCCUCAACUCGACCGAAGGAUGCUGUGGCAUCCCAUUUCAUGUACCAUGAGAAC